GUCUGGGAUCCUGUCGGAUCCCAGAGGGGACAGAACCCUGAGCAAGGAGAGCACCCGGUUUGGACGUGGUGGAGGGCACCUCCUAUAGCCCCGGGCAGGUUACCCCAAGGGCCAGGCCAUGGUCAUUGGGGGUCGGCUUGGCGUGGAGACUCUAACUUGGGAAACGACUGCAUGGUGGGGUGCGAGCUCACACCCCGGAAGGAUGCUGGGGCACGCAGCAGGAGCCAGACGUCUGAACUGGGUCCAGUUCUUUGGAGAAGGAAAAGUGCAGAUUGGUCCUUCAAGGAGUGACGUCUCCUUUCCUUAUCCCCUUGCCUUUGGAAAGAGAGCUGCCUCUUUAUACUGUCCACAGAAGCCCAUUCAAGCCGGACUGCUGAAUCAGCCUCUAGGUAACUUCUGAGAUAAAAACUGGCACCAACCUCAGGGAGGAAAACAAAGGUCUCUUUCUCACCUUUUGGACAUCAGACAUCUGAGAUUUCCAGGAAAGAUGGAAUUUAGCAUCGUCAGCCAGCUCUUCCUCUGUCUGCUGAUGGGGGCUUUCACAGGUGCCAAGCCAGUCCAGGAAGAUGCAGAUCCCUUUGAGGAGCUGCCAGCCUUGCCCUAUUGGCCUUUCUCCACUACAGACUUCUGGUCCUAUUUCGAAUACUUUCAGACCCUGGGAGCCUACCACCAGAUCAAUGACAUGGCCCGGACCUUUUUUGCUCAUUUCCCCCUGGGUAAUACCCUGGGUUAUGAUGUCCCUUAUCAAGAAGACUGAAGCUUUUUCCAGGCUCCCUAGAACAGAACCCAGGGAAUUUCAAGCCAAUAAAUUUCAAGCCAAAAUCCUUAAAUGCAUGACCAUGGCAUAAACACUUAGUAAUGCUUCUUAGGGUGGGGGAACUCCAUCAUUAGCACAAUGUUAUUUUCCUCUUUGUAAAGCUCCAAAUAAUUUUAGUCUUGCUUUUUUGGUGUGAUG